AUGGCACCCGGGGGCGAAGACAGAGCGACAUCAAUGCACGCACCCCUGCAGAUUGCAGAUCGGAUCUCGGCCAAGGGCAUGCUGAGUGACAUCUGGGAGACACCACGGGCACUAAGGCAGCUGAUUAAGUCACAUGUUCAAGAUGGCAAGAUCAAGAUCCCAGGCCUUCAAACUCCGCUGCCUAAGUGCCAUGGCCUAGGUGGCCAAACCCCACUGCAGAUCCUUGCGGCCUGCUCUGAAAGCCAAGUAUCCGAGAAGGGCUUUUGCAACCGACUCACAGUGAUUGGCUGCGGUACAUCCUGGCAUGCAGCUCUUUUGGCGGAGUACCAGAUCGAAACCAUGGCGCGCAUUCCAGUGGAGUCGCAGUAUGCAUCAGAAUUCAGGUACCGUGAGCCAACUUUGCGCACAGGGGACGCUCUGGUGGUGGUGUCAAUGUCGGGAGAGACAACUGAUGCAGUUGAAGCCCUUCGCCGUGUGAGGAGCAGUCCCAAUGGCAACUCAGUUCUCACAAUCGCCAUUGUGAACGAGAUGGACUCGACCUUGGCCAGGGAGUGUGACGUUGCCCUGGACGUCUGUGCGGGCACAGGGAUUGGCGUGGCAUCGACGAAGACUUUCUCAGCCACCAACAUGGUGUUUGUGCUCAUGAGCCUUGCCCUAGCGGAUGAGUGUGGUCAGAUCGCCGGGAGGGAGAACUUGAUCCAGAAGUUGCAGGAGCUCCCAGACAGCAUGCAGGAGGUCCUGGACAAGGAGGCCAAGCCCUUGGUGACCGACGUAGGUGAUCGCUCCAUCGAAAUCGGCGAGUGCCCACUAUGGGACAUUGGCUGCCAGAAUGUGUUGGCCAGAAAUUUCAUUUUCCUAGGCCGCGGCUUCAACUUCCCAGUCGCACUGGAGGGUGCUAUGAAAUGCAAAGAGCUGGCAUACAUACACGCCGAAGGCUAUCCCGCGGCAGAGAUGAAACAUGGCCCUAUUGCCCUCAUCGAUGAGUUUAUGCCAGUUGUGGUGAUCUGUCCGAAGGCAGACGCAUCUUACGAAAAGAUCAAGUCCAACAUCGAGGAGGUCAGGGCUAGAAAUGGCGCCACAAUUGCCAUAACCGAGAAGCAUAACCACGAGCUGGAACAGAUUUGCGAGUAUGUCAUCGGGGUUCCGGAGACGCACGAAUACCUUAUGCCGCUGCUUGCCAUCCUCCCGCUUCAGCUUCUGGCUUACAUGAUGGGAAUCCUCAAAGGCAACACUGUUGAUCACCCGCGCGGCUUGGUGAAGAGUGUCUCGGUGAAAGUCGAGAGCUCCCCCUCUGCUGGUUAUGUAUCUUCACACUGA